CCGUUUUUGAUGACGUGUGUCCGUUACGUCAUUCCCACGCGACACAAACAAACCAUCGCAGAGUUAGCUAAAUGUCGCGGUUGACGGUAAACGGUUAUGUCGUUAGACUGAAUGUAGCGUUUUGAGGGUGACAAUGAUUUCGGUGAGCUACAUUCUGUUGUGCGGGCAGCUGGUGCUGCUUCUGACGGUGAUUCUCUUACAAUGUCUGGAAGGCAUUCACUCCCAAAACUCCUCGACAACGGGGACCCCCGCUGCUUCUCCUAGCCAGGGAGCUACCGCGGUCCCGUUCAGCGAGCAGCCACCGGGGACCGUGAAAUAUGAAAUCCCGGUGGAGAAUACGAAUUACACAGAGCCCUAUGAGUACCGACCCCCGUCCCCGGUUGUCCUCUGCAGCUACCUACCAGAGGAGUUCAUCUACUGCCAAGACCCAGUCGAUCACGCACUGAACCACAGCGCCUUCAUGGAGUUGGGCCAUGGCUGUCUCGGGUGGGGUGGCCAGACACAUGAAGAGGUGAACCACACACGGGUCAUCUGCACGGCCCUCGAUGAUAUCGAGUGUGCCGGAUCCAGAGAGUUCCUCAGAGGAAACGUGCCCUGCAUCAAGUACACUGGCCACUACUUCAUCACCACGCUGCUCUACUCGUUCUUCCUGGGCUGUUUUGGGGUGGACCGCUUCUGCCUGGGCCACACCGGCACCGCCGUCGGGAAGCUGCUCACCCUGGGGGGUCUGGGAAUCUGGUGGUUCGUGGACCUGAUCCUGCUCAUCACCGGCGGCCUGAUGCCCAGCGAUUACAGCAACUGGUGCACCUACUACUGAGACGCACCGCAAGGGCGGGACUUAGGACACCAUUGAAUCCACUUGAAAUGUCCCACAGAAAGCCAAAGAAUGCCACGUCCUAGUUGUUGUCGUCGUGGUAACAGCUUUGUCAGACAGUCGCUGUAGGCCCACAUAGUAACUCAGAAAAGGGAUCCUCCAUUCUACUUAAACUCUUGAGAAAGAGACAUCAUUUACGUUGGCACCUCAUUCACGAUGUGGCAGUUUGUAUGAAAUACAUCCAUCAGAUCUGUCCUUUGUUGUAGAUGUAAUCUGUGUCUUUAGAAAUGCCCUAAACACUUUGAUGUUCAGGAGUCUCUUUGACCUUUGUAAGAUAUUGUAAAUAGUAUUGAUCCACUCAACAGAAGCUUUUAUAUUCUUUAAAGUCAAUCCGUUGUUCUGUGUAUGUAUUUGACUGAUGUCUUUCAGAUGUUCAUUUGUGUGUCAUGUUGAUUUGACAGAGAUCUCCACUGGCCCAAAAUAAUAAACAACAAACCCAAGUCAGUCAGGGUUCAGGUUGUGCCACACUGGCGUACAUCUUUAUUUGGCUUUUCCAUCUUUUUUUCUUAAAGCUGCUUAAUGUGCUCCUGGGGAACCGGAGUUCCUCCUGUUGCCACAAUGAGAAGGAACCCAAAGUGCCCCAUGCUGGAUCUGCCGCUGUUAGCUGCCGCCGUGGCUCACGGUACGGAGCGUCCUCUCAGUCUAUUUUAUUUCUCAUUAGCACUUGGCACCAGUAGAGUCAGCUGAUGCAGGCGGGGAUCAUCUCAUUAUGUUGCUUUGCACCAGGACAACACUCUUUCUGCUUUCAAAGUAUGGGAAUAUUUCAUAGUAUUCCAAAUAUUCAUGUUAUUUAUUAUCAGUUUGAGGAUGGGUGUACUGUAUGUAUUUUUACUGUAUUUGUUUCACUACUUGUCCUCAAUAAAGUUUCCUCUAACAU